AUUUACUUCGAUUUGCCGUUUGCCAACAUCUCGUACAAUAAUAGUUGAAUACAAAUAUAUUUUGUUUUGUACAAUACUGGUCAUCUUUUUACAAAAACUGAGCAAGUAAAUACAUUUUUAAACAUAUUAAAUUUAGACACGUCGACGACAAACCCAAUGAGCCAAAGACCUUCCACAUCCAUGACCGGACAAAUGUCAUCUUCGGAAGACACAUAUACAGAACCGCAAUAUACAACAGACGCGUCAGCAACACAACCAAUGAGCCAAGGACCUUCCCCAUAUAUAACCAGACAAACGUCAUGGUCGGAAAUGACAUAUACAGAACCGCAAUAUACAGCAGAUACCACAACCUUAAAGCAAACAACAAGGCAGACAAAUGCAUCACCCACACUUCUUCAAGAUGGGGCCAAUCAAAUGGUUUCCAAAAGUAUUAUAGACAAUCAGCACUUCCGCGGUACUAUAGGCAUUACUGUGCCGAUUGGAGUCAUUGUUAUUCUGACUGUAACCAUUGUUCUUAUACUGCUCAAGAGAAGGGGAUUGCUUCCGUGCAUUAAACGCAGAAGUGCCGACAAAUCCUCUGAUAAACUUGCAGGUAAAGCAUCCAAUCAAGAUUCAAGUGAUGACAAUGGUGAGGUUCACAACUACUUUGUACAAGAGAAAUGUGUACAGGGAAACACCGAAACAUUCGAUCAUUCGGGACAUUAUAAUUACAUUGAAAUUACGUUGAAAAUGGAUGGUGAAACUUAA